GAUGAAGACCGCUAAGGGCGAGUUGCAAUGGCUCAUGGAUAUCAUCGUUGAAGAACAGACUUUACGGCUUCUGGACUGCUACACGAAAUCCUGACAGAUAUCUUUGACGCUCUCAAAGUAUUUGACAAGCCUAUCGCCAUUGCCUCGCAGCGCACUACGACUUCUCACUCACCUAUUGGUCUCAGAAAGAUGUUCAAAGGAAAGAACUUACAAUCCCAUCUGAGAGCCUCGACGCCUGAUCUUAUCCCAACUCUGGGAUUCAUGAUGGCAGCUGCCUCGGUGAGCGAAUGUAAAGUAGGAAAAGUGAUCAUCGGUGUCGGCGCACUUGAUUACCAUCCGCAGUACAGCGUGACACCUCAAAGCAUCGCAUCUUUCAGGCAGAAACACCAGACAAUCCUCACCCAAGCCGAGGAGUUCGCUGUGGAGCUCGAGUGUUGCACAAGAGAUGGCCGACUGAAUUAUGAAGGGCUAGAAGCGCUGUCAGUCGUUGUCCAGUACAACUCCGAAGAUCUGAAAACCUUCUCACUGUCUUCAGACUGCGGACCCUUCGCCUCCCACCUGUCGAAGUUGCCUAAGGAGGUCCUGUCUUCGGCGUUCAAUGCGCUUCAAAAUCUCUCUUUGACAAAGGUAACCUUGUCUGAGACCGCUCUCGUACGAUGCCUGAUGACCAACCGCAGAUCUUUGAAGGGGCUGAAGCUCACAGGCGUGGUAAUCUCGGGAGUAUGGGAUCGUGUACUCUCGUACAUCGUGAAUCACAUGUUCCUUGAGCAGUGCGUAAUGAGCGAAGGCUACCAGAUUGAUAACGCCCAAAGGCGUAGAGGUUUGAGAGCGAACUUUUGGCAUGUCACGAGUGUCGAGCUCCACGGUCAGGAAGAAGUACGCGUGGGUCUAUCUGAGUAUCUUGGAAUCCAGACCGCAGCACGAGAAGCUGAGAGGGUGAUGCGACAGCGAGAGGAAGAGAAGGAACAGAGGCAGGAAGCGGAGAGGGAAGCGAAGAGAGAGGAGGAGAGAACAAGGCAACGCGCGAAAACGAAAGACGAGAAGAAGAAGAAACGAGCCGAGGAAAGAGAAGAGCUGAGGAAAGCACCUCGUCGCUCGUCGCGCCUUGCUAGACCGCAGGCAGGGUAGGGGAGCAGCACAACGCAAGUGUGAGGACCAAGAGUCAGUAGUGCGUUCGAGAGGGAAAGAGGUGAUCUUCGAGGCCCCUUGGCAUUGGGUAAUGUAAUGCUUUUCUUCUGCGAGCAAGGUCUGGCAUUCAUGGAAUGGCCAGAUGAUGAUGUCGUAUCCCAAACAUUGUGUUCCUCGUCGUAAAAUACCGGCAUGCUAUCACAUUCAGCAACACUCUCAAGUUGUCAACGUACCCGAGCAGGGAGGUAAGCCGCCAAGUCGACGAGGCUUGACAAGU